AUGUAUUGUUCUCACAAUCAAGCAGUCCUGAAAGUUCUCCGGCAUCGUGGGCGCUUCCGAAACGAUCGGCGAACUACCGCUUGGAGCGUAGGGUUGCGCACAUCUAGACAGUUGGACGAUUGGGGUCCUCGACCAAAACCUUCGGCUCAGAAGCCUGACCUCAAGGUGGCAACAAGUAGCCACAGAUGUUUUAGCCUCCAACAUGAGGCCCAGGAGACUGUGUUAGUCAGACCUUUAAUCAUUGACCAACCUGGUACGAGAGACUGUGAUGACCCCAAAGACACCCCUCAGUAUAUCUCAAUGGGUAACGGAGGCAGGCAAACCGUCACACCACAGCCUUGUUCUCCACGGUAA